AUGCGUCGAAACUCCGACAUCGAGAUCCAACUCCCUGAUGCGGGUCCAACCCCCCUUUCCCCAGACUCUGUAACCGAAUCGGACGUGGAAAUGUUAUCCGAAGAGCCGGCACCGCCGCUGACUCUCCCACCACACAUCGCCGCUCGCUUCUACCGUCGCAACAGCAAGGCGCGGCGCUCCUCUGUCGCCUCGUCGCGCCGAAGCUCGAUCUCUUCGUUGCACUCACACCACUCGGCUUCUUCUAAUGGCUCGCAAAUUACGGACCAUAUCGCCCAGCACCUCCGUCGUACCUCCAUUCUUGAAAGCCGCAAAGCGAGGCUUGCGGACCGCGCACUGCACGCUGAGAAGGUGAGGCUGCGCGCUACCCUUGCGAAGGCGGCUACCAGAAACCUACAAAUCGAGGAGAGAGCCUUGGCUGCUCAGCAAGCCCGUGAACGUCUCCUGGCGGACAUCACGGCCAAGUGCGAAGACCAGGUCAAACGAGCCAAGAAGAAAGCGGAGGACCAGCGGGAGAAGCAAGCUGCAGAACACGCCCGCAUGCGCCUGGAAAUGGCAGAGAAGUUCGCAGAGGCCGAAAAACGGCGGACACUCUACCAGCAGACCCAUCGGCGUCAGCGCACUAGCAGUUUGCCAGUUGCCGAGGAGAAAAAAAUGGCGCGAGCGGUCACCCAGUCACUGACUCAGGAUGGAGCGGCUCGAAAGAUCCAGCGCGUCUGGAGAACUCAUCAUGCAAAGGGCGUGAUGAAGGAGUUCCGGGCACUCAACCUCUCCGUUGACCGGGUUCGGGAGAUGUCCUUUGAAGAAGUCGGAGUUCUCCUUUCCGACCGCGAGGUUCUCGAUACCAUGACAAAAGUACUUCGCCUCUGUGGGUUGCAGGAUAUGGAAGGCGGGGCGCUGGGCGAACGUGGUGCAGUACGCACGUUCCUCAGCAGCUAUCUCAUUGUCACCCAUCCAGCCGAGGUGUUGAGCGGCGAUGGGGAGCAGGAGCAGGACUUGAUCUCCAAAGCACGCGAGCUGCUGGUGGCUUUUGAACAAGUCGCUGCGCUGCUCUCGUCGGGCUGUUGCUCGCCAACCGUGAUCACUGCUGACCUCCAAAUUUUGUGUGAAUCCCACAAUGUCUUCUUUUCAGCGUUUCAUGCAUGGAAGUCUCAUGAUUCAACUGUUUUGAUCGAGAUCAUGCUUGCGCAGUUCGUUGAGUUGGAACUUAUUUGGCAGACUGUCAAGGGUGAUACAGCCGGUGGUGUUGCAGAAGAUUAUCGACAGGGUAUCCGGCAGAAUCAGAUUUUGCUUCUCGCCAGACUCAAGCGGCUUGCCGGCUCUGAUCGCGCCAUGCAGAUGGUCCGGGAUUCACUGAAGAAGGCCAAGAAAGAAAAGAAGCGUUCUACCUCGAAGCAAGCCAUUCCCCGGUCCGCCGAGGUGGCUCCCUCAUCGGGGGAUGUUUUGACGGAAAGCGUCACAUCCCCUACCAGCGAGUCGUUUAACAAUUUUGAUGCUGCCGUUCUCCAGGAACUGGACAAGCAGCGAGCUUCUCCGCAUGAGCGAUUUACCAAGAUCCUCACGGCUCUCCCCGAGAACCGGGUUCUGGUACAUGAGCUGCUACUCAACAAAGAAUACAAGAUUGAGGAGGCGUCAUAUACAGAGCCUCGAAGACAAAUCAUGGAGCAUAUGUGUGAUCAAAUGAGGCGAGAUGUCGAGGCGGGCCAAGGCACUGGAUGGACUGUUGCCAUGGCCACCGUGAUUCAAGAUCGUCUGCUGCGCUCACUGCGACCUGGGAAUUCUCUCUUUGUGCUUAUCAGCGAGGUCCUUGAUCCGAAGCUGGUUGAGAACCAAUGUCAGGCUGGGUCAUUUUCCUACGAGAAUUUCUUCGACUUUAUGAACACAAUUCUGCCUCGACUCUGUGCUCCAUACCGUGACCCAGUGGUCAAGGCAUUUUCCGAGGACAACUCGGGCGACGCUAUUGAUCGGCUGGCGAGGCUGAUGAGUAUUAUCGAUCUACUUUCGCUGGAUCACACGAAUUUCAUGAUCCAGAUCGCGGCUCCGCAACUGAUCCAAGAGGCUCCCGGAUACGAACAACGGACUUUUGACAAGGGCGUUUCCGAUGGGUCAAUUGGGCUGGGAAAGACCCGACGGUUCUGGCGAACGCAUCGAAAGAUCAUCGUCGAUGAGAUGAAGAAGCGAGACCCGGAGAAUAUCCACGGGGAGCCUCGCCCGCCUGCCACCCGAGUGUAUGCGCACGGCCUCGCAGACCUGGUUCUCAGCAACGCUACCGUUUCCGAGGACCUGAUUCCCGAGACUCUGGCCCUGGACCACUCACGACUGGAGCGCCUGCAUGCCAAAGCAUUCCGGAUUGUGGCAACAGCGUCUAUCUUGCUGACAGCCAAGAACCUCCUGAAGCGGGAUGCACGAUCACAGUGGAAGCCCGAGGCGGAUCGCAUUCUUUCGCUAGAUUUCAAUGAGAUCAGUGCGGAACGUGUGCAGUCCAUCCUUCAGUCGACGCAUCCCAUGCCGUCGAAUGCGAGCGCCCAACUUGCGGUUACCAUCCGGCGAGUGCUCGCCCCGGUCGCAGCAGCAAGCGCUGUGGCUGCACCAGAGGCCUCGGUGCAGGUCUAUCCGGAUACAUCGGAGAGAACGGGGGCAUCCUUGGGGUCCGUAGGGAGCGUACCAUCCGCGCCCUCUUUCUCAGACCCGGUGGCACGGCUGAUUCUCUCACGUCUGCGAAGCCACAUUCUGUCUCGUCUGAGUGCUUCGAGUGCCUCGGAGAGAGUGCGGGCAACAACCACCGCAAGCCAGAGCCUGGCGGGAGCAGGCAUGCCCGAGUUUGUCAAUGAAGUCGGGCAACUCGUGGACGAACUAGAGAAGAUUAGAGAGAUUGAUUGGCUCUGUCAUGGAGCUGUUUACGAGCGUCUUUACGAAGAAGGCGUUUCCUCACAGUAG